GCCGGUUGUGGCGCACCGACGGGGCGUCGUGACGUGCGGUGGCGACGGCGUAGCGUCGGUCGCGGUCGUCGACGGUCCCGGUAGAGCCCGCGUCGUCAUUCCCGUGCAGCAGUGCCAUUCGGCCGGACCUAGUCGCGCGGACCGAUAACGCCAUUGCCGUAACAGCGCGUGAACUUCGUACACGUUUUUUUCGCCGUCCCGCGUUUCCUUCGACUUACGUCCAGUCGAUCCGCGAGAAAAAAACGUAAAAACACAAUACUUAAACCCAUACUAGUACGUACGGCACCGCGCGCUGUCCGUCCCCGAGGGCGGUGAACUGCUGACGGACACGACGGACGGGAUACGGUAUAAUCUCUUGCCCGACGACGAAGCUGCGCACAGUGCCGUGUGGUGCACAACGUAAUUGCGCAACGGACCGACCGACCCCGCAGACGCAACUCGCACACGUACGUAACUGCGUGUCCGGUGACCGCGUUGACCAAGAGUGACCGGUGAAAAGCGAUACGCGCCGAACAUGUCUUCCAAUAUGGCAUGGGUGACGUUGGCCACGAACGAUUCCUAUUCCCUAGGAGCGUUAGUCCUGGCGCAUUCGUUGAAAACCGCCAAGACGGUGCACAAGUUGGCCAUAUUGAUUACCCCGGGUGUAACAACAUCGAUGAAGCAGCAAAUCGAAGCCGUAUUCGAUGAUGUUAAAGUAGUUGAUGUGUUGGAUUCUAAGGAUCAAACCCACUUGGCCCUGAUGUGUCGUCCUGAAUUGGGAGUGACUUUCACCAAACUACAUUGCUGGACGUUGACCAAUUAUGAGAAAUGUGUGUUCCUCGACGCAGACACGUUGGUAUUACAAAACUGUGACGAACUAUUUGAACGUGAAGAAUUAUCAGCUGCUCCAGAUCCAGGAUGGCCAGACUGCUUCAAUUCUGGUGUAUUUGUGUACAAACCUUCUCAAGAAACUUUCGGCCAGUUAUUAGAAUUCGCAAGGACAAGAGGAUCAUUUGAUGGUGGUGAUCAAGGACUUUUAAAUAUGUACUUUAAAGAAUGGGCACAUACCGAUAUUUCAAAACAUUUAUCAUUUACCUAUAAUGUGGUUUGGUCGUCUACGUAUUCGUACUUACCAGCGCUUAAACAGUUUGGGCAAAACAUGAAAAUUAUUCACUUUAUAGCAGCCAGUAAACCAUGGUUGCAAUCAUUUAAUACCGAAACCAGAGUUGUAACGCCAACUUCUGGGGGAACUGGAUUGCAAACACUGUUACAAUUCUGGUGGGAUUUAUUUUGUCAAUAUGUUCACCCCAGUCUUUCCACUGAAAUGAUAGAAAGUCGCCUCAGUAGCCGUUUUUCCUAUGACUUUCAUCCCGAAAUCCUUCCAGACAUUAAUACGUCAAAUAAAUAUACUCCUGACAAUAAUACUUUAAAUAAUUUUAAUACUCCCUCUUACGAAUCUCCGAAACGGGAUCAUUAUAAUUUCAUUGACCCCUGGGAGGAAUAUUUUGAUGCAAAUGUGCAAACAAAUUACGAAAUUUCGGAAAAUACAGCUGUUGUGAAUGAGGUUGAAAAUAUCAAAGGUGAUGGAAAUUUGGUGGAAGUAUGUUUGAAUAAUCAUUGUGAAGAGGAAAUAAAAAACAAUUAUAGUACAUUCCAUUGUGAAGAAGAGCAAACAAGUGAUUAUAGUUUUCAGAAUAAUGUAGUAGAAUGGAGUAUAUUUGGUAAUGAAGAGAAGAAUGAUGCAGUGGAUUUUGAAAAAGAAAUAGUAAUAGAGUCCAAUGAACCACAACAAGAACUUCAUACUAGAGAAAAUGAUUUUUAUCCCGCAUGUUAUGAUGACAUUCCUAAUAACUCUAACUCCAGUUUGAGUGUAAAUAACUGUCGUCCAGACACUCCAACCCAUUGCGAGGUACCUAAGGAUCAGACUUGUGAUUUAGAUGGUGGUUUGGCUGGACAAUUCGCUAGGAUUUCAUUAGGUGAAAAAACAGCUGAUCAAAAGGCUUUAGAAGAUUUCCUUCGGCGUCAAUCCUGGGAACAAGGAAAUAUGGAUUAUUUAGGUAAAGACAGCUUUUCUAAUAUAUGGGCUAAGAUCAAUGAAACUCUGGGAAAAGUUCCCGAAGUUGUAGUUGAGCCUAGUGUCAUUAGAGCACCUUCGCCACCAGAAGUAGUCCACAGUGAAGAACCAAAACCAUUGAAAUCUGCUUUAAAAAAAUCUUCAACCACAGUUCCACCGGUAGAAUUUGAACUACAAACCGAUAGCAUUGAGCCACACGUAAAACAAUUUGAAAAGCUUGAUCUAUCAAAGGAUAUUUUGAAAGAAUUAAAAACUCCAGAUACUCCUACUGUUACUUCACCGUCACCUCCAACAACACCUACCGCUCAGGCUCAAGAACCACCAAAAUCAGAAUCCGUAAAAGAAACACCAAAAUACGAUGUAUGUACCAAAGAAAUUUCAAAAUCAACGGAACAAGAAUUACCGAAACCAGAAUUAACAGAAGCCGCAAAAGUGAUACUAGAAUCUGAUAUCAGUACCGAACUUAAAAAAACUUCAGAGCCAAAAUCAGAGGCAUCUGUAAUAAAACCAGACGAAUCAACAAAGGAAGUAUCUUCACCAACUAAGACACCGCUUUCUGUCGAUAGUACCUUGCCAUCAGUAUCAAACGAUCCACCUGUAGCACCGAAACGCACUAAUAAAGGGGCUAAAACUCCAGAGAAAAAAUAAGCAGUAAUAAUAUAAUCAAACUAAUAAUAUUAUGUACAAGUUUUGUUUUGUUCCUCAGAGUAAUAUAUUUUUAUUAACAGAAAUAGGCUAAACUAAUGUAUGAACAUUUAGAGCCAAAAUUUGUUUUUAUUGGCUAUAAUUUCUUGCACU